UGCCGGCUGUUGCCCAGUCCACCCAAUGGCCAUGCUGAGAGUGUCGUCCUACCGCCGGCUGUUCGAGGAGGGACGGUGGGGCCGGGAGAGUGGCGCCGCCCUAAUGUGCGGAGGACAGUACCGCGCCUCGGCCAGAGGCAGAGCUGCAGGCACUCAGUGGGUGGAGCCUGACUUUGAGGCGGCUCGGGUUGUUAACAGGGACGCCAUGUCUCGGUUUGGGAAAGAGAGGGCCCUGAUCGCUGCCUUGAAUGAUCGACUGGCUUGUCUCAUUGAGACGGCUCGAUGUCUGGAGGAGGAGAACCAGUCCCUGGAGGCCCAGAUCCUCGAGCUGGAGGAGAGGCGGGGAGGCCUGGACGCCUCCGCCACCCCUGCCCCACUGCCCGACUGCGGCCUGCAAGCGGUGGUGGAGAGCCUGCAGAGGGAGAAGGAGCAGAUCCUGUGUGACACAGAGAAGCUGCAGAAGGAGCUGGAGAUGCUGCAGUUGCGACACGAGCAGGCCGCUGAGCAGACAACCCUCAUCCAGCUGGAGAAAGAGGAGGUUGCCGUGGAUGUGGACACAUUGUGCAACGAGUGCCUGGCUCUGAGGGACCAAGUGGCCAUCUACGAGAGUGAGCUGGACAGGCUGCAGGAGGAACACCAGACGACCAUUGAGUCCCUUGUCGAACCCACUGAUGGUGUUGCCACGGUAACCGUGGAGUUCCCAACCCCUGACGUUACCCCCGCCAUCUUGGGCAUCAAGGAAUACUACUGCCAGUUGGAAGAAAGUCUGCAGUUUGAGUUUAAAGCAACAUGUCUCAUCCCACUGGGAGACCAGAAGGACGCUGCCGUGGGCAAAGUGGAGAAGGGGAGGGUAGCCGACGCCUCCAAAGUGAGGGAUGUUGGUGAGCUGAAGAACAUGAUUGCUGAGCUGCAGAGAGAGCUGGCAGACCUGGAGCAGCGUGGGGAGGACCUGGAGGUGGAGAUUGAGGAGCGGAGGGAGGUCUACCUGGAGGAGAUCGCAGAUCUGGAGUGCUGUGUGGAAGAGAUUGAGAAUGCCCAGGCCGAGCUGGAUGCCCAGAUGAGGGAGCAGUGCGCGGACUACGACGAGCUGCUCAGUGAGAAGAUGGCGCUGGACAUCGAGAUCGCGGCUUACAGGGGCUUGGUGGAACAGGAAGAAGACAGGUUGUGUUUCCUGUGACAGGAAACUGGAAGCAGGAAAUGGCGCUGAAGCCACAAUGAGAUGCCCUCAGCUUACAUGGGAUAACGCAGAAGGAAAAAAUGCAAAAAAAAGAAAGAAAAUGGACAAAAAGCACCAAAUCCAUUGUAUAAGUGCUUUCAAUUUAAAAAAGCCCAGCUUGAACACAUAUAUAACCUCACUCUGACAGAUUUACAACAGCCAAGACCGUCUGGGUUGGGCCUCUGAUAACAGCUUGCUGACAGGUAACUUUUAACUUGAGCAAAAAGAAGGACCACCAUUGUGCAGUGGCUAAGGUGGGAGUAUAAGAGGGUGUGCAGGAGUGCUUUUGGGAUAUCUCUCUUGGGUGAGUUGGAGCUCUCAGAGGGACCAGCGAUUAUGUUAAUAAAUCAGCUCAAAGUAGGAGUACUGAUCUCGGUUCAGUUCACCCUUUCAGCUCAUAAUAGAUGAAGGAAAGGAGAUGGACAGGAGAAUUCUGAUCCUAGGUAAUUGCUCCUAUUCUGAAUAUGAGUAUGAACCCAGCACUCUUUCUGUGUGUUCUCUAUCUGCCUGAAAUACCCUGUUUUUCUUUGUCACCAAUAGCAUUUUCUGUACCACUGCAAGCCCCUGUUUGUGGUACGGUGGUGGCAAGACAUGCCCAUCGAGAAAAGAGGGAUAGUCAUCACCCCCCUAAUGCCAUCACUGAUAUAUCUCGUACUCUUAACCUCUGCUCUGCCCCUGAGGCCAACCGAUAUCCUUUGCUCACAGAUAGGGUACACUGCAACUAAAGGAUCUCAGACCAAAUCAGGGUAACACGCAUCUAGUUCAUUUUCAUCACACGCAUAUGUAUCAGUGUGACACCAAACCAACUGCAAUCUGAAUGGCCAUGGCUUAAUUAGUGUCGGCUGGCAUACAGUAGCAACUUGCAUUCAAUAAAUUUAUCUGUGUGAA